CUGAUGCCCCUGCUGCAGCAGUCAGCCAUGACCCUGCCGCUGUGGAUCGGGAAGCCUGGUGACAAGCCGCCCCCACUCUGCGGGGCCAUUCCGGCCUCUGGGGACUACGUGGCCAAACCUGGAGACAAGGUGGCUGCCCGGGUCAAGGCCGUGGAUGGGGAUGAGCAGUGGAUCCUGGCUGAGGUGGUCAGUUACAGCCAUGCCACCAACAAGUAUGAGGUGGAUGACAUUGAUGAGGAAGGCAAAGAGAGACACACCCUGAGCCGGCGGCGCAUCAUCCCACUGCCCCAGUGGAAGGCCAACCCUGAGACGGCCUUACAAGGUACGUGGUGGCUUGUAAGGAGCCCAAGAAAAAGUGAUGCAGGCUGGCAGUCUCCUGUCGCCUCACGGGGGCAUGCAACAAGACAUGUGAAGAAAUAAAUGUUCUUCCCCUUU